AUGAUCACCCCGCCUCAUUUAAACGACCGAAGCAUAUUUUCAUAUGCACCUCCUUCCUAUAAGCCAUCGGCUGCAGAAAUGGCUUCGAGAAGUCGUAACAACAACAAUGAUGACGAUGACAAAAAGUAUGCUGGUAUUACUGACUGUCCAACGGAAAUACAUUGUAUAUUGCCUGAUGGCAUAAAGGUUGAAAAUCAUCCGACUCGAGACGGUGAAACGAAUUGGGGACUGUAUGCUACAAAAUUGUUUCCAAAACAUUCGGUUAUUUACACCAGAGCACAUGGCGGUUAUAUACAUGAUAAAAAUGUCGACUAUAAAUUGGUCAUUGAUCCAGAAAGUAAAUAA